AUGUCACAAGUCCAAGAGCAAGAUUUCUUCGGCGGGGCAAUCCGAGGUGUGGUGCCGCAGAAAUGGAUUGAUGCCAGCAACCUACGUGAGAUCCCAGACCACCAGGAACUCUUCUUGUCACCGGACACCUUGUCCAACAUGAUUAUUGAAAUCAAUAACCGUGUAUCCGACAGAGAUGCCCUUAGCACUUUCACCACUCUUAGCCAGCAACAGCCUUCACUGGCAGCAGGAAGCGGUGGCGCCGCAACCGCAACACUCCAAACUAUUGACCAGGCCGCCGCUCUGUACCAUCUACACGAUCUCUGCGAUAAUGGCGACAGCAUGCGAGUGGUUUUGUCCCCUCAGCGUGUAACUAUGAACCGCCUGACCUCUAAUGCACCGCCCGGGUCAACCACCAACGCAUACAGGGGCAUUGUCGAGUUUACGACAGCUGUGCGCCAAAGAGGUCAGGAUUUUCCUGCCGCGGAAUCCGGUGCAGCAGUUUCAGGUGCUGCUAUGAAUGGAGGCUCGUCUAGUGGUCCUGCUACGAAGAACUUGACCUGCCAUUAUCUCCUUAUUCGAUUGGUAGCGCAGGAGACGGAUCUGUUGGUAUUCUUUAAUGUCCCCCAUGAGGAAUUCGAUAAGGAGGGAAAUGCACCAGGGCUAUCGAAGGAAGAAAACUUCGGGGAGGACUUACUGAAGGCACUGGAAGAGAAAUUCGAAAUCAGGGAUUGGGGACUGUUUGUUUAA